AUGGCGCUCCCUCCCAUCGCGAAGGCCACUCUACAAGCUGCGCUGAUUAAUGCCGGGUCGAAUGUCCUGGCGCAGAGCAUUCAGUCAUAUAGAGAUGAGAAACCGUUCGAACUGGAUCUGCAAACGCUGUUUCAAUUCACAACAUGUGCUUUUGUGAUGUCCCCCAUGACCUUCCUGUGGUUGGAGGGUCUGGAAUCGGUACUUCCAGGCCAUCCUAGCGAGGAGCCCGCCGCCACCAAGUCAAAGACCGAAAAGGCGGACCAGCCCAAACAAAAGAAGUUAAAUGUGAAGAACACGGUGGCAAAGAUCGUGAUCGACCAGGUCGUCGGUGGCGCCUGGGCUACCGUCCUUUUCAGUUUGACCAUGGGCCUGCUGCGCGGGCAAGACUAUGAUGUUCUGGUGGACCAGAUUCGCCAUGAUUUCUGGCCCCUCCUGAUCGCAGGAUUCAAGCUAUGGCCAUUGGUCUCGAUUCUGAAUUUUACUGUUGUUCCAGCAGAUAAGAGACUGUUGGUUGGUAGUAUAUUCGGGGUCGUCUGGGCGGUUUACUUGAGCUUGAUGUCGGGGUAA